UGGCCGCGCUUGCGCCCCGCGGCCCUCUGAUGGCGGCGCCCGGGGAGCCGCGGAGGCGGCGGAAGGCGGGGGACCCGGGACCUGGGGCGCCGUCAAGCCCCGGGCGUGACCCCGCGGGCCGCCCGGCCCGCCUCCGCGCGGGCACCUUCUGGCUGACCAGGGUCGUGAUCCUGAAGGCCCUCGCUUUCGUUUACUUUGUGGCGUUCUUAGUGGCUUUCCACCAGAACAAACAGCUGAUCGGAGACAGGGGGCUGCUGCCCUGCAGAGUGUACCUGAAGAGCGUACGGCAGCACUUCCAGGGCCAGGCCAGCUGGGCCGCACUGAGCUACGCGCCCACUGUGCUCUGGCUGCUGGACUGGUCUCACAUGGACGCGAACCUGGACGCCCUCGCACUUCUGGGGCUGGGCAUCUCGGCCUUUGUGCUGGUCACCGGCUGCGCCAACAUGCUUCUCAUGGCUGUGCUCUGGAUCCUCUACACAUCCCUGGUCAACGUGGGACAGGUCUGGUAUUCAUUUGGGUGGGAGUCCCAGCUGCUGGAGACGGGAUUCCUGGGCAUUUUCCUGUGCCCCCUUUGGACCCUCUCUCGGCUGCCCAGGGGGACCCCCACGUCCCAGAUCGUCCUGUGGGGUUUCCGGUGGUUGAUCUUCAGAAUCAUGCUUGGAGCAGGCCUGAUCAAGAUCCGCGGGGACCAGUGCUGGCAGGACCUCACCUGCAUGGACUUCCACUAUGAGACGCAGCCGGUGCCCAACCCCAUGGCCUACUUCUUGCACCACUGCCCAUGGUGGGUGCAUCGCUUUGAGACGCUCAGCAACCACGUCCUGGAGCUCCUGGUGCCCUUCCUCAUUUUCCUCGGGCGGCGGAUGCGCAUCCUGCAUGGAGCCUUGCAGCUCCUGUUCCAGGCAGUCCUCAUAGUCAGUGGGAACCUGAGCUUCCUGAACUGGCUGACCAUGGUGCCCAGCCUCGCCUGCUUCGACGAUGCCACCGUGAGCCUCCUGUUCCCCUCUGGGCCUGGCGGUCUCAAGGACAGGGUCCUGAAGAUGCAGGAGGAGGAAGCCCAGGGGGCCCAGCUGAGACACGGCUGCAUGGCACGGCGCGCAGUCCACCUGGCACUGGGCGUCCUGGUCGCCUGGCUCAGCAUCCCCGUGGUGCUCAACCUGCUGAGCCCCCAGCAGGUCAUGAACGUCUCCUUCAACCCCCUCAGGAUCGUCAACACGUACGGGGCCUUUGGGAGCGUCACCAAGGAGCGCGUGGAAGUCAUCCUGCAGGGCACGGCCAGCCCCAACGCCAGCGCGCCGGGUGCCGUGUGGGAGGACUACGAGUUCAAGUGCAAGCCCGGCGACCUGCGGCGGAGGCCCUGCCUCAUCUCCCCCUACCACCACCGCCUGGACUGGCUCAUGUGGUUUGCAGCCUUCCAGACCUACGAACAUAACGAGUGGGUCAUCCACCUGGCAGGCCGGCUCCUGGCCAACGAUGCCCAGACUCUGUCCCUGUUGGCCCUCAACCCUUUUGAGGGCAGGGACCCCCCCAGGUGGGUCCGAGGGGAACACUACAGGUACAAGUUCAGCCGGCCAGGGGGCAGGCAUGCCGCCGAGGGCAAGUGGUGGAUCCGGAAGAGGAUCGGCCCCUACUUCCCGCCACUCCGCCUCCGGGACCUGAAGCCCUACUUCCAGGCUCAGGAGUGGCCAUACCCGGAGCCCGAGUAGAAACUGCCCAGGACCCCUGAAAUAAAGCUGCUCUGAGCAAG